CGCGGCCCUUCUCCCCCGCCGCCACCGCCUGCGCGCCGCUAACGCAUCCUUAACGCCGCUAACGCAUCAGUAGCGGACUUUCAGUAGCGUUCGUUUCCCGCCUUCCACUGUCUCACCGUCCGUCCUGCUUCAGUUGUAUUUCCCGCCGUCCUGCACGUCGCCGUCCGCCACCUUGCUGCGCUGUCGUUCUGCCCAUGGCCUACGUAUAUGUCGUUGCUGUCGUCAUCGUCGUUGUGGCCAUCGAGGAGGAGCAGCCCCAUCCCGUCACACUGCUAUCCCCGACGGCUUCCGCGCCUGGUGUGGCAAUGGCCGGCCAUGUCGCUGCUGCUGUACCAAGUCCUGCGUCAUCGAAAAGGAGGAAGGGUGCAGUGAAUGCAAGGGAGAAGAGCAUGAAGGAGGUUGCUGCGAUGAUGGCAGAACACACCGCGGCGUUCUUGAAGCAAGGGGAGAAACAGUGUGCCACUGCAGCGGUCUGCAAGGACAAGACCGUCGCUGCGAUGGACCGACAAACUGAGGUCGCAAAGGAGGAGAUACAGGCGUGCAUCACAUGUGUGCAGAUGCAGCUACAGUCCAUGGAAAAGUCAUGGGCUUUGGUCGCUGAUGCCAUCAAAGCUGUCGUCUCUGCUAGGAUCCCGGACUCUCGACCGAGGUUGCAGCAAUGGGGAUUUCGGUACAGGUGCGGGUUCCGCUUGUGGUACUCCAUUGGCAUUCUGUUUGGGACCGUGGGAAUGGCGCUUGUGAUUUUCGUCCUGCUGUGGGAUGUUUGCCGGGCGGUCCUCGAGUGGAAGAUCUGGUAUGCAGGCCUCGAGAGGAGAGCGGAUAUACAGCAACACCGGCCCUGGACGGGCCCUUCCUCGCGGGUGAUCAUGCCCAUCAUUCCAGGGGUCAACAUGCCGUGGGGUGAGGUUGGAUAUCUAUGGUGUGCUACAACUCUCGCAAUCACGAUUCAUGAAUUGGGUCAUGCAUUGGCAGCCUCCGCCGAGGGCGUUCGGAUCGAACACGUGACUUUCUUCUUAAUUGUGGUGUUUCCAGGUGCCUGGGUUGCACUAGAUGCAGUGGACAUGGACAAUAUGUCUCCUGUGCAUUCCUUAGCCAUCUUUUCGGCGGGUGUAUGGCAUAACAUUGCACUUUCUGCACUGUGUUGCGUGGUCCUGACCAGUCUGUCGGUUCUCUUUACCCCUUUUUAUACCUCUGACGUAGGCUUGGUGGUAGCAUCUAUACCUGAAUCGUCACCUUUCCUAUCGCAUUUGCACCUCGGGGAUGUGAUUUUUGCGAUCGAUGGUAAUCCGAUCGGCAGCGGGGAUGCUGGUGAUGUGAAGCGAAAGGGGCUGUUUUCUGCGAGUCUGUUUGGCAGUGGCGCAGGUUCAAAAGGAAAGGAAGAGGAUUGUGAGGUGAAGUUGGAUGAGGACGACAUUGAUUACACGAACAGAUGGACGGCGAAUUGGUCGUCUGCCCGGGCUUUCGUCCCCAACGCAAUGCUACUGCCUUCUAAUAGGAGGGAUGUUUCUCCUUGGAACAAGUUCAAUUCAGAUCUGCAUACAGAGUCAUCUGGUCUCGCUGAUGGCGGAGCUGUCGAUGGCGGUGGAGGGGAAGGAGGGCGGCUGGGAAAUGGUAUUCCACAGAGGAUGAAUCUUCGCUCCAUCAAUGAUGAAUGGCUCUUGCGAGAUGACAAGCUAGGGUUAGACAAUUUGGGGGGUAAGGGAGACAGAGACAUCCCACACAGUGUUGGCACGAGAUUUGCGUCAUUUUGCCAGAAGUGUGAGGAGAAAGGUUGCUUGGUAUUCCAGGCCAUUUACUGCGAGGGAGGCGACAAAAUGAAGGGCGAGGAGAYUGUCGAAGUCGCUGCAGGAGGGCAGGAAUCAACAGGCGAAGCACGCAUGCGAGAUGACUCUCACAACAGUGGAMCAAGUGUCCCGACACGUCCUCCAYGACGAGCAGUSUGCUUACGGGCGACAUCGGUUGUUUCUUCACCAAGAUGUCAUCAUCCAAGAGUGCUCGGAGGUAGCUGCGAGUGCAGCCUUGGUUCAGCAUGUUUGGUGCCGAAGUUGCAUCUUGGAGAAGCCCUAUUAAGAGUGUCCUUCAUCUGGGGGGCCAGAAACUCCUGUAAUAAAGCUCAACACCCCAGAGGAAGAUGGGCAGGUGCUCAUAGUCUCAGGUCUGCGGCUGGCUUCGUGGCCAGUAGCAAACAGCGAAAUGAGUCUGCUGCAGACCCAGAUCCUCGRCUGGAUCAACAGCGAUYCCCCAUGACGACGGCCCGACAUAUGCUGGACCCAAGGGCUGUAUCAGUACGGUUGCAUCGGCAACCUGUUAGGACGUUCAGUGAUGACCAUCGUGUAUUGAAAACAGGUGGCAGUCGAGAACCCUCGGGAUGUGCCAGAGUGUCCCAAGGGUAUUUCAUGGGGAGGUUGCAUUGAGCAUUGGUGAAGUAACAUCAGGGUAGAGGUUCCCUGCACCAUUGGGCAUACCAAUGGGUAUUUGCAUGGACAGA